CUGAUUUGCAACCCGCCGAAAUAAGAUCGGUGAAGAAGGAGACCUUCGAUCGGUUCGCCAUGGACUGUUCUAGGAUCAGUAAGCUUUAAAUACGACUCUAACCAUAGAGCGAUACAAAGUUGCGUUAAAAAGCUGGUCAUCAUCGUUGCUUGUGAAAAAAAGAAAAUGGAUCCAUCUGCAGGUAUGCACAUGUCCGCCGUUCCCCAGAACAGCGAUGUCGUCCACGUCUCGGUCGGUAACCCCAUUAUAACCAUGUACCAGCCUCAACCGCAACCUCCAAACAUUGCACAAAUUAUCACACAGCAUGUGGUACCUCAAGACGUCGCCUGUCAGGCUGUACCGCACACUAUCCAAUCCCACGUCCAAAUGGCAACUCAUAUCCAAACUCAGUCACACAUUCAGCCUGCUCCACAUCUGCAGCACCCACCGCAAAGCCAUGUGGAAGCACAGGCCCAUAUCCCGACCCAAGAACACGUAUCAACACAAGGUCCAUCAGACGGCCAGUGUGCCGCAUCGUCUCAAGACGGUUCUGUGAAUUCACUGCAGGUCCCUUUUGCGGAAGUAGCCUCCCUGCUGGACCCUAACAUGAAGAGUUCAAAGGCCCGUAAGUACCAGAUUCAUUACGAGGAGGUGAAAAGGAGAUUGGAACCACCUGAGAAGAUGUCUCUCAGAUCUCUAGCUGCAUACACGAGAGUGAGCCGAGGUCCGGCUAGUAAGAAAACACUCUUGGAGUCCCUAAAUGUCUUUGGACUGUCACCAAGCACCAAUACAGCAGUAUCCAGUUCCUUUUCCAAACUGACUGAAGGUGACACAGCUGCCCUUUGCAAGGACAUGAAAGAUUUUGCACUGCAAUAUGUUGAUUAUGAGAAUAUGGCAAAACAGUUGCUACCUGAAACAAACCAAGUGCAACACUGGUCAAAAAUCAUUGAAACAAGGAACUAUCUAGAGGAGAUGCGGAAGAUUUUUAAUGAUCCUGUAAAUACACGUUUGUUCUCCAAUGUUACGCACGGUCUUGGUAACGGCAUGAUGGACGUGGCUCUCGAUAUCAUAGACACCGUCAUCGACCGACAAAUCCGAAUCCUCUCAGGGAACACCGACCCCAAACCCGAACCUCCAGUGAGACGGAUAAGGAAGCGCAACCGCAAGCCCAAAGCUGCCACGGAAGAUGGCAAACCUAAAGAGAAGGGCAAAAGGGGACGGAAGAAAGGAAAACAGAUGCGGCUGGAUUCUGUUGUUCCUGAGGUUCAACAGUCCACAGAGAUGGAGAGCAGCGUGUUAACACUGGUCUCUGUAGGAUACGAAACCAUUUCCAGUGGACUUAACGCCACCAAUGCAGGUCUGGCGUAACAUCACGUGCCUGAAAGGCACAGAGAGACACUGUGAAUUCUGAGUGCAAAAAGUUUUUCAUAGAAAAUUUUAGUUUUAUAAGCGGUUAGGCUUCUCUCCUUCUCUCAAGACUGAAUAUAUUUUGUUUGUUUUUUUCUCACAGUCUGGUUAAUCAAGAAAAUAAUGGGGUCUGAGAGGAUGUUGGCAGAGAUGUUUUGAUUUAAACCAAUCAUGUAUUGCCAUCAACCUUUUGUUUUGUCAUUUGUGGCAAAAAGAAACAAAUGUACACAGUGUAUGCUAUUAAUGUAGCAUGCAAUCAAAUUUUUUAAGCACUAUGUUGUAUUCUCAUUAAAUGUUCACAUUAGUUUCUGUUACUCUCAUUUUGAAGAUUUUAUCUCUGAAGUUGUUCUUCAAUUCUGUUGUACUUAAUCAUACAAACUUCAAACAAUUUCGUUUGAGUAAGAACAUAUCUUCUCUUGGACAUUGUUUGAUUUUUCUGACUAUUUAUUUCCUUUUUCUGUUUGUGUCUGAUAUGUAGUGUACGUGAACGACUGUAGCCUGUACUCUGUAAGUUUUGCAGAUUGCUCAUCAUAUGCUUGUAUUAAAAGCAUUUUUUUAAGCA